ACCCAAGCCCAAGGAACGCCUCCCAGCCGCCAAUGCCCAUGCAUGAUCAGACGCGGCCGCGGGUUUCCUCCAGAUGCUUCGCUGCCUGCACUGGCGGUUCCACCCGUCCAACACGCGUUCGUGGAUGCCUCAGGCCGCCGACACGUACCUCGGCUGCGGCGGGCCUAUAAAGUGACGCGCGAGGCACGGGCGGCCCAGCACGCACCUGCUCCAUUACCCGUCUGCCGUCGGCAUAACAUAAUCGUCGUCGCGUGCAGUCCCCAUUCCCUUUUCCAGUGGUCUGUUGCUCGCGCUUCGUCCAGCUUCCCCGGAAGAGGUAGCACGGCAAGGGCAGAGGAUGAGUGACCCCAAGUACGCCUACCCCUACCCCGCGCAAGGUUACUACCAGGGGCCGUACCAGGGCCCGCCGGUGAUGGCGCCGCCGCAGUACGCCGCGCCGCCGCCCAGAAGGGAGCCGAGCUUCCUGGAAGGCUGGUACGUAUUCCCGGCCGGCCAACUCUCUGACCCUCUCUCUAUUAUUCCUCUGCCGCAAGUUUACUGUGCAGGCUCUGUCGUCUCUGUACUGUGUGGUUAAUUCCAAGUGAUGGCUCUCGCUUCAUCUGUUACGUUCUUGCGCCAUCAUAAUCUAAUCGGUUAUU